AUGGCCGGUAACCAAGAGGAUGCCGACAUGGUGGAUAUCCAAGAUCAUGAGGUGGACGAGAUCAUCGAUUCCAUUAGGAAUGGUGUUGGAAGGUUCAGCCAGAGACUUCAAGAAACAUCGCCCGCAAACUUGAAUCACCAAACUCAAAUAUCGUACUUGGGCCCAGCUUUAUGGAUCCUCAGCAACAUCAUUCGCGAUUCUACAAACCAGCCGCCUCCUCCCACCGAAGGGCAACCGAGAAGGCAGCCGAGCUAUCAGCCUCGAGACGCCGAAGACACAGACGACAGUGAGAGCAUCCGCACCGUCAUGUGGGACAAGUGGGUUUCGAAAGGAUUGCCUGAGCCAGGGCAAGCGGAACUAGAAGUCCUCUUUGCGCUGUACAGGAGGGCAGGACUCUACCGCACCAAGAAACACUACCUCGGGGCAGAGAUUCUGGGACAAGAGGUCCAAACUGGCAGGUUACCAAAUAGAACUUCUUUCAGCCGCAAAUCAACUCCUGAAGGAGGCGUGUGGAAUAGGUGUAUGGGAGCUCUCGUUUUGAAGGACUUGCUCAUCCCGCACAUCAACGAACACUCCGUGGCCACCACCCGCAUAGUAUCGUGGGAUAACCCGGACAAAAAAUGGAUCCUGGCAUCAAUCAAACGAAUCAGCGACCAUGCAAGCUAUCAAUUUGAAAAGCGCAAGAAGGAAGCCGACCGGGAACUUUACUCGAGCCAACUAAAGGCCAACAGGUCGCAGCAAGUGAGAGUGAGGGAAUACAACCGGCGCGUAGCCAUGGCGGAAAGACUCGGACAAAACCAAAUGGUCCAGGCGUUGGAAUACCUGGGCCACGAUGGGAUGUCAUCGGACGAGGAGCUCGACGGUGACGGCGGUGCAUAG